AUGAUGCGCAAACUUUCUCUGUUUUUCCUAGUUUCACUGGUUGCCGUGAAUGCUUUGGAUUUCGGAUCAGACUCUAGCAGUUGUGAGGAUGAUGAUAAUGGUCACGGAGGAGGGCAUGGACACGGAGGAGGUAACAACGGAUGUCCGAGAGGAUGGAGAAGAUUCAGAAGAAAUUCCGGUGGAUGGUGUAUGAAGGUCUUUUCCGGAUCCAACAUUGAAUACGAUGCAGCUUCAACAGCAUGUUCCAACAACAAUGCAGUUUUAUCCGGUAUCCAAAACUCAGAAGAGAAGAAUUACAUCUCCCGAAGUGCCAGUUCUCAUCUCUCUUCCUCAACUGGCUCCCUCUGGAUUGGAGCAAAGAGAACUGCAGCGUGUGCUCGAAGCAAAUUGACAGCUACUUGCUCCAAGACCACCUCGUUCUCGUGGACAGAUGGUUCCACAACUGGGACCGAUGGGUUCUCGUGGUUGGAUGGAAGUCAGCCGGAUAAUGCUCUGGGAGGAAACCAAAAUUGUAUUGUAUUCUUCUUCGCGAGAUCCAACACAGUCAUUGCGAGAGUCAAUUGGUUCCCUGGGGCAUUGGAUGAUGUGAACUGCGACGCGGCUCAAUUCAACUCAAUCCCUCAAAGAAAAAUUCAAGGAUACGUUUGUGGAAAGGAUGCAUCUUCCUAA